AUGGAAAAAGUGAGGGGGCCCGCUCAAUACAACCAAUUUGCCCAAAAACCACCAACGACUAAUGCUCAGUACGGUUACCUGGUUCAGCAGGAAAUUGAGCAGAAGAAGUUUAUGAAAAAGGCUGUAGAUAUGGGAUGCGCUGACGAAGCCAAGAAGUCUAAGGAGGUAGUCUACUGCAAGCCCGUGCAUCGAUCCGCCGAAGUGGUAACCACGGGUCGACGCGUGGACUACUUUAUCGCACCCAAACUGAAGAGCGGCUACAACAAACCCUACGUGCCGCAAUGCAAUCAGAGAAAACCCUGA